UGGAGGGAGGGUGUCUCUCUUUGAAGUCCUUUCUCUCCGAGUCUGGGGUUGGGGGAGGCGUGGAAACGGCGCACCCCGGUCAAGAGAGACAGCGGUCUCUCUUCGAUCCCCACCCGCUGUUGAAAGGCGCUGCCUUGGAAGGGCCCUGAGGAAGGCAAUGACUGAGUACAAACUGGUGGUAGUAGGAGCUGGGGGUGUUGGAAAAAGUGCCCUGACCAUCCAGCUUAUCCAGAAUCACUUCGUAGAUGAAUAUGAUCCUACUAUUGAGGAUUCUUACCGCAAACAAGUUGUUAUUGAUGGAGAGACUUGUUUGCUAGACAUCUUGGAUACGGCAGGACAGGAGGAAUAUAGUGCCAUGAGGGACCAAUAUAUGAGAACUGGGGAAGGCUUUCUUUGUGUGUUUGCCAUUAACAACAGCAAAUCAUUUGCAGAUAUAAAUCUUUACAGAGAGCAAAUUAAAAGAGUGAAAGAUUCAGAAGAUGUACCAAUGGUAUUAGUGGGAAACAAAUGUGAUUUACCAACAAGAACAGUAGAUACCAAGCAGGCUCACGAAGUAGCAAAGAGUUAUGGUAUUCCAUUCAUUGAAACAUCUGCCAAAACAAGACAGGGUGUUGAAGAUGCUUUUUAUACACUGGUUAGAGAAAUCCGUCAGUAUCGAAUGAAAAGGCUCAACAGUAAUGAAGAUGGGAAUCAAGGCUGCAUGGGGGUGUCGUGUCUUGUGAUGUGAUGAGCUGCCUUUGAAUCAUCCAUCCAAGUUCAAAGUUGAAUCUUAAUUCCACUGUGUUGCAUUUCAUGACGAUGCCUUGGCCAGUAUCAUGCAAGUUGCCAAUUGAUUAAUACUAAAACAUUCUAUCAGCACCAGAAGAUACUCUUUCUGAACAUCUACCUCUUUGCUCAGUUGAGCAUGCAAAGAAAGUCUCAUAUGUUAUGUGUGCGAUAUUUCACUUUCCUUUCUUAGGUAGGUUCAAACAGAGAAACUGAUUAUAUGGGAACUAUAGAGGCCAAAUGCCUUGAAAGAAAUAACAUCUCAUUUUCUGGAAAGAAGGCUGGAAUGAAUUGUGAUCAUGCUAUUCUGAAAAAGCCAUUACAUAGCAUUGUACGGUAACAUACUUGAUUUCCUGUAUACCAUUUUAAACCAGGAUAAUAUUUCUUAUACUAUGUACUUAAAUAUUCCUAUUGUACAUUAGGUUAAUCACAUCUAGUCUAACCUCUUUAAUUCUAGCCUUUUUAUAACAAAAGUAAAAUUAUUUGAUUAUCAAGUGCCUCUACAAAGGCAAGCUAGACCUUAAGCCUUAUCAUGCUGUUUGCAGCUCUGGUUCCUAGCUGACCCAUCCUGAAUGUUUUAAGCUGACUCAGUUCAUUGGUCUGUGUUAACCCAGUAUUAUCUAUGCUCAGCUUUAUUGUCUUAUCUUUCCCAAUGAACUGUAUGUGGGAACUUUUGCAGAAGAUAUUUACUAGCCCUGGGCUUUGUCAUUAGAGUUUCUCGCAUCAUUGGCUGAAAAGCACUUUGAGAUUAAGAUUCUCCUGAGGAAAUAGCAGUCAGUUGCUAUUUUCCGGUUUUAAAUAUAAUACAUUCCAUUUACCUUGUGCUUGAAGGUACUGAUGUUUUCAUCAGGACCACUUAUUAGCUGUGGAUACUGUCAACAGCUGCUACUCCAUUAUCGGUCGUAAAACAUGGCUGUGUGAAGUUUGUGUAGAAAAAAAAUCUGUUUUAUCCCAGCUAUUUCUGCACUUCUAUUUUUAGUUAAACUUGUUUACUCAUUUGAUACCUUUGUCAAGCACAGUGUCUUUAGACUUACUAGUUAAGAAAUGUAUUUAGGGAAUCAACUUCAUUGGCAUUAUUCAUUUUGAAAGCUCUCUCCAGGCUACUGCUGUGCAGUGAAACUAGAGGUGAAGAGCUAGGGUAAAAUGGAACUAGAGGAGUAGAGGAUGAAUGUAAUUUUCCUGCUGCUUAAAAGUAGGAUUAAAUCGAUACUGUACAUUUAUCCUUACAAAAUAUGGAGCUGGAUUCCUCAGUAGCCUCCAUACCUCUAUCAUAAAAGAAAAGGAGCUGUGAGUUUUCCUUUCUCUAAUGCUGAGGAGUAGUUGAUUGGAUUACUAUUUAUAUGAUGUAUCCAAAAUCUGGUCCUGAAUCCCAUGUAUGUGUAUCAUCUCACUUUUAAGUAAGUGGGUGAGUGAACUGCCUUCACUGAAAGUAGAUGCUUAAAAUGAUGUGAGGUGAUAUAAAAGCUGUCUGUGUGACUGUUUUACAUAUCUGAUUAAUGUGGUUAUGUAUAGAAGCACAGAAAUGACUUCAAUAGAAAUUGAGUUUGUGGUCAUUAAAUGGUUUACUGGUUUACAAUAUUGCCAUUUUACUGUAUACAUUCUAAAUUGGAUAGAAAACCACUAUCCAACUUAAUCCAAACUAUCUAAGUACCAAGUAAGAAAGUUGGCAUAUUAUUUCCUAAAUAUAUACCGUAUUUUUCAGAGUAUAAGACACACUUUUUUCUCUCCUAUAAGAGGCUGAAAAUUUGGAUGCGCCUUAUAUUCCGAAUGUAGCUUUUUUUCAGUCCUAACGAGGCAGUAGCUAGUGAAGCGAUCUUCAUGGUUUGUCUGCUUUUCUCAUUGUUUCUCUCUCCAAAGAUUAAUUGUGCUUUAGAAGCUGUUUUUUAUUCCCCAAGCGGGAUAAAAACGGACGCUAGCCAGAUGAAUACCUGAUAGGCAGAUUUUUUUUUCCUAUUUUCCUCCCAAAAACUAAGCUGCGUCUUAUAGUCCGAAAAAUAUGGUAACUUACCAUAAUGGAUCAUUUCAGGUAUACUUGAUCUGAAGCUAAUUUCAUACAGUAUUACAUAGGACCAUACAAUAAUGUGUUCAUAUGCUUUACUGCUGGCUAAUGUGUUAAUUUUAAACCAAGCAAAACACUCAUUUGCUCAAGAAAUUGUGUCACCUGAGCAAUAAAUUGAUACUGUUUAAAGUCCCUUUGCAUGUUGCUUAAUGCUACAUAGCAUUUAGUUUUUUCUUAGUGUGAUUCGUUUGUUCUGUGGUAGAUAUGUGGCAUAUACACUGGUGAAGAUAGUGAAAUGUCCUUAAUUUUGUAAGUCAGCCAGCUGUGUAAAUUACAGGAGCAUUACUGCAGAACAUGGGACUGCCUAAAUAGAAGUACAGCAGAUUGUUGGGCUUAAAAGAAUUAUUGAGAAAUCACAUUUCUUGGUUAGCAUUUGCAAUUUGGAAAUUGUAAUUCCAGGAGCCUGAAUAUAAAAUGUCAUUUGUGGCUCAGUGUUCUGCAUGUUUGUCAAUGAAUCUGAAAAGCACAUAGUAAUAUAUUUAUGGUAUAUAUUACUUAUAUAUUACCAAAUAUAUGGUAAUUUUCCAUCUGGGGUUCACUUGUAUUAAAUAAUGUUUCAUUACAAGUGAGACAUAGGUUAAUUAAGAAGCAGUUUGUAGAAUGAAGUAGGUGAAAUCAGCUAAUUUGGGUGAUGGAAGCAAUUUUCAAACACCUGUUUGCUUCAGCAUGUAAAACGUUUAUCUAAAAGUUGGUAACAUUUGCAAUUCUCACCGUCUUUCAGUUCUUGAAAUUUCCUCCACUUACAUUUGUAUUAUAUACAGAGGAUGUUGUAGUGGCUAACCUGGGCCACAACAAUAUAUUAUUCAUGAGUGGUAUCUGCUAUCUUCUUCAGAUCACGAUUUGUCUCUUUCUGUAACGCUAAUUAUAAAAGGGAGUCAGUGGAGACCAUUUGAAAAAACAUACAGAAGUGACAAAUACGAAGCUAAAUGUCAUAUACGCAUAGUCCUUGACUUACAGCCACAAUUGAGCCCAAAAUUUCUAUUGCUAAGCAAAGCAGUUAAGAGAGUCAUAAAGUCACUUUUUUCAGUGCCGUUGUAACUUUGAACUGUCACUUACAACCAAUCACUAAAUGAAUGGUUGUAAAUUGAGGAAUUUAGGAAAGCAAGCACAUAGAUUAAUCUAUAGAUUAUUUCUAUAGCAUUAUUGCUCACAAAUUAUCAUGAACAGAUCUAUAACUAAAAUAAGUGCAUAGUCUUGAAUAAGAGUAAGGUACAUGCUGAUAGUGUCUGUUGGUUGCAGAUUUAAAAAGUAGUGUCUUAAAAUAACUUUUACAACCAUAUUCUUCAGCUGAUCAGGGAUAUCUUUGUUAUUUUAGAAAAGAAUCUCACAGAUUCAUGUAAAUCUGCAGAAGCCCUUGCCAAAACAAGUUGGAUUUUUAGUUUACUCUGCUCAUAACAUUAGAUAUGGGAAAAAAAUCUAUUGCAAGCUGGGCUUCCACUUACAGGUCCUUGUUUUUCUUCUAACUGAUUAUAAUAAUGCUGUUAAAAUUACACUAAUAAUUUGUUGCAGGUGCCAUACAUAUUAAUUUUACUGGACUAUUGAACAGAAAACAAGAUUACAGUGUUUAAUAUGCUUAAUAUUUUAAAACAUUUUCCAUUACUAAAAGGAUAUGCCUGAUACAGCAGGAUAGUACUAUGCAAACUUAGACAAAAUAGUGAUCCUUUUUAAAGGAAAUGGUUUCCUUUACAGGAUGAAUGGCUUCUGUAAGUUGCCUGCUGGGUCAUGUGUGUAUUGUCUUGUUUAAUGUUUCAGAAUGUUUAAUAUACUGUUUCAGAAAUAUUUGUGCCCAUAUGAAAAUGUAAUUGACCCACUGAAUCUUAUGGUCAGUUUCUUCUGUUACCUGUUAUCUGUGAUUUAAAAAAAUACCUCUACUGAUCUCUAAACUUUGAUAAGAUACAUUUGGACUGUUUGAAAACAAAAGUGCCUUUGUUGCCUAAUAAAUUUGAAUUCCUGGAAAUAUAUGUACAAUUAGAAAUUCCCAAUCACAGCAAGUGACAGCAAUUUGCCAAUUUUGGUUAAUUUUGGAAAAGCUAAGCAGGGUUGAAUGGAAUUAGUAUCACAAGACUAUUUAGAUAAAAAAUUCAACAAACCCUUUUACCCACUUUCAUACUAUUGCCAUAUAGCCAUCGGGAGUCAAACUUCACUAGAGAGACUUUAACAAUUUCAUCUUUUUAAUGUGAGCAUAAAAUACCAGCUAGUCCCUUACUCAUCUAUUAUAAUAUAUGAUAGAGCCUAGACAUGGUUAGGCUCUAUUUUCCAUGGACAAAACAAGAAUGAAUGGCAAGAUGCUGUGUAUAUUAGUGAAGGUCAUCAUUGAUAAAACAUUGGAGUCAAGAUUCUGAUCAUAAUUCAGAGGCAGCUAAAAAUAAUUCUUAACUUCUGGAGCUGAUAUUCUCUCAAGUUAUGUUUGUUUGGAUAACAAAGUGACUUAUUUUAAGAAUGCUGUAAUAUUUGCUGUAACACCUGAUUUCACUUUUUAGUUAUACUUAUUUUUAGGUCUCAUAACUGAAUACCACAAUUAAUAUAGGACAAUAGAUGCUAUGUGGAUUAAAAAAAAAUGGGCCAUGCUUCCAUUGUAUGGUAUUUCAUGAACUUACUCUGGAUUUCCAGACCACUAAAUGUUAAAGGUUGACAUAUUGUCAAAGCACUAAGUCUAAUUCCAUUGUAAUGUAAUCAUUUUUGAAUGUGUUUAAGCAAGCAGUGUUUUUUUUCCCUAAAAUAUACAAAUAUUUCUU